UUUACUCUAGCCAGCUUGACGGCGGUUUCCUCGUGUUGAUAGUGAAGAGAGAAGGAUCCAGUAAGAAGUUUUAUCGCGUCGCAGAGACACAAACUCAGGACAAAAGCAGAGAAAACAUGGACAUGAACAAGAGGGUCUCCUUAGAGCUGCGGCACCGCUCGCCCACGGAGGUCCAGGAGCUGGUUCUGGAUAACUGCCGCACAGCUGACGGGAAGAUCGAAGGAAUCACAGAAGAGUUCUCCAACCUGGAGCUGCUCAGCCUCAUCAACGUCGGCCUGACCAGCGUAUCGGACUUCCCCAAGCUGGACAAACUCAAAAAGUUGGAGUUGAGUGACAACAGGAUAUCUGGCGGUCUGGAGGUGCUGGCGGAGCGGCUGGUCAACCUAACGCACCUAAACCUCAGCGGGAACAAGUUCAAAGACAUCAGCACCCUGGAGCCGCUGAAAAAGCUUCCCCAGCUGAAGAGUCUGGACCUGUUCAACUGCGAGGUGACCAACCUGGCCGACUACAGAGAGUCCAUCUUCAAGCUCCUCCCCCAGCUCACCUACCUGGACGGAUACGACAUCGACGACUGCGAGGCGUCCGACUCCGACGGCGAGGGAGACGGCGUGGACGACGAGGACGAAGAAGAGGGCGAGUCGGAGGACUUUGACGAAGAGGAGGAGGAGGACGAGGAGGACGUCGUGGCUGAGGAAGAUGACGAUGACGACGACAGCUGUGAAGACGAGGACGGCGAGGUGAACGGAGACGUGGACAGCGAGGACGAUGACGAGGAUGAGGACGACGAUGAAGAUGACGACGAGGACUCGUCUCCGGCUAAAGGAGAGAAGAGGAAGAGGGACCCUGAGGACGAGGACGAUGAAGACGAUGAUUAGGGACCCAACAAAGACCUGCAAACCCCCCUUUGACCUCUCGCCCGGUGACCUCUGACCCCCUCCCCCCUCCACGCUCGCCCUCCUUCCCGCCACUCAGUCGCCUCCUGGGCCGCGUCCCAUUUCUGACACUGGGCUCCUCCCGCUGCGCCCUCGUCUCCUCCUGCUGCCAAACCUCCGUUAAUUUAUCCAACCUACCUUCAAAGUUCAGUCUUUAAAUUCAUCUUCUCACCAAAAAUAUUCCUCAGCAGCAGAAGAACAAACACAAAUUCUGAUUUCUUAGAAUUAAAAACCCUUUAAGUAACAUUUUCAUCGUCAAGUAACCUGCAGAUUGUCUCCAUUCAUUGUUUGUCUAUAAAAGUAAAGUUAUAAGCAGAAUUCAAGUUUCGUUUUUCAUCCCAAAACUAAUAAUCCGUUAACUGUUUUAUACGACAAAUUACAGCAGAAAUUCUCACUUUUUAAGAAGCUGGAACCAGAGAGUUUCUGCCAUUUGUUUGUAAAAAAGACUUAAAUAAUGAGAGAUUAAAACCUGAGGUCACAGAGCGCCACGUAGCUCAAUAAACAGGAAAUACAGAGGCACAAUGAGCAGCAGAAAUAUGAUUGGUCAAAAUAUAAUUUCUCAAAAAACACAAAAUAUCAUUUCUGGUUAUUUGACUUCAGUUUUGGCCUCUUUGUUAUACCCCACUUUUCAUUAAAAACAGAAUUAUUGCCAUUAAAAACUCCAAAAUCAGCAAACCAGAAACAAACAUGGAUAAUAAAAAAAGUUUGCAUCUGUACAUUUAUGUUAACAUAAAAUGUAUUAUAUCAACUGAAUUUUUGUGAAUGAGGACAUAUCAAGAUUAGGUCACUUUUUCUCGAGAUUAAGUUACUUUUUCUCGAGAUUAAGUCCCUUUUUCUCAAAAUUAAGUUACUUUUUCUCGAGAUCAAGUCCCUUUCUCUCAAAAUUAAGUUACUUUUUCUCGAGAUUAAGUUCCUUUUUCUCAAAAUUAAGUUACUUUUUCUCAAAAUUAAGUCCCUUUUUCUAAAAAUUAAGUGACUUUUUCUCGAGAUCAAGUCCCUUUCUCUCAAAAUUAAGUGACUUUUUCUCGAGAUCAAGUCCCUUUCUCUCAAAAUUAAGUUACUUUUUCUCGAGAUCAAGUCCCUUUCUCUCAAAAUUAAGUUACUUUUUCUCGAGAUCAAGUCCCUUUUUCUCAAAAUUAAGUUACUUUUUCUCGAGAUUAAGUCCCUUUUUCUCAAAAUUAAGUCCCUUUUUCUCAAGAUUAGUCGAGAUUGAGUUUGAGUUGCUCUCUUACUCCAGAUUUCAUUAGUUUGUGGUCAAAACCUGCUUGAGUUAUCGUAACAUUUUUAAGACCUCAAACCGUCUCGAUGAUGAGAGAAAAAACAGGCACAUAAACUUUUAAAACGUUAAAUAUUUUCUCAAUUAAUUCUCAGUGUCAUAACUGUUUUGUUGACCGUGGGAUGAUUUAGUAAACAGUUAAAACUGAAGCUUUAAAAGCAGUUGAAGUGUCUGUAGAAGGAGACGACAUGUUUCUGGGAGGUUGCGGCUGUUGGGACGCAAAAAAGCCAAAAACAAAAACCUCCUCCUCCUCCGCUCCCGUCCUUCCUCUGACAUCAUCACUCUGGGACUGAACCAGCAGCUAUGAUGUCAUCACUGCUCUGUGAUGUCAUCAAUGGACAGUCAAACGUAGUGACCCCCCCUCCUCCCCCCGAGGCCGAGCGCGCUCAGGGCAAACUGUGUUCUCUCUUUUUUGCCAACAGAGCUUUUUAAAAGAAAUAUUUUUUCAGAGAAAUUGUUUUUGUUUAAUUUUGUAUGGUUGUCUGGGGACACUCUCUCUCUCUUUACCUCUCUCUCUCUCUCUCUUUCCCUCCCUCUGCCGCUCCUUUCUUUCCUCUUCCCGCUCCGUUAGAGAGAUCCAGUUGAUCCUUCACACUUACACUGACUAGUUGAUGUUGUUUUCUUUUCUUUCUUUUUUUUUACUUUCUGUAAGUUAAAGGAAAAACCAACAAAAAAAAACACAAAAAGGACUUUGUAAAUAAAAUCUUAACAUUUUG